UCCAAAGGCUGCCGGAGAGCAAGCGAAAGGUUUUACAAUCAGUGUAUGUUACCCAAAUGUACAUUACAUAAACUGGAGUUUGGCAACUGAGAGAGAACUCUCUCACAAAGAAAGAGAUUAUAACCACCUGGCAUACAUUGAAGUAGCAGUGUAUCCCUGUGAUCUGACAGAUGAUUCAUGUGACAUAAAUUGUUGCAGUGAUAAGGAUUGCUCUCCAGAGCAGAAAUCUAGUUUCACCUGCUUGGAAGGUUUACAGGAUGGUCAGAAAACUGGAAUUUUGACUGCAGGGAACUGUUAUCAUCUCUCAGAGUGUUCACACAGUGAAUGGCUUUAUAAUUUUUGUUAUGUGAUUACAAAUACUCCUUACCUGGGCCAGUAUUUUGUUACACAGAAGAAAGUUGACUCUCUUGCAGCAUUUAGUGGUGCAGUGGUGUAUAAGAACAUUUUUUAUUUUAAAAUGAGAACUGUUGGUGAAGCAAGUGACAGUGGUGCAUUUGAUCAUUAUAAGUAUGGCACUUUAAUAAAGAUUUUGCUCUUAGAUAGUGAAGGUUUUUUGGGCAACAGGCAAAAACAUCUUCUAAUGCCAUCAAACGUGUUUUAUCCACACGGUGACAUCUGCAGCGACUCAACUCCAGUAAGGUUCCUUGUGAACCACGAAGCCCGUUGUGUAAGAGAAAUCUCAAGAAAUCAGUGCAAAAAAGGUGCAAAUUCACCGUUUAGUGCACAAAGCUAUAAUAUUGGUGAUUCCAUGACUAAAACUUCAGACAUAUUAGAUUUUUUUCAUGUAGCUAAGGACAGUCGUGGACAGAAUUCUGUUCAAACUGAAUUUAAAUUUCUGUGUUUCAAUAAUGGUUCUGAUUACGUUACAUUUUCAAACAACGUUUUCAGAUCUAAUGUGAGUAACCUACUGUUUAAUCAACAAAUAUUUGAAGAUGAUCUUUCUUUGUGUGAGUGUUCUGGAUCUGUUGAAGAUAUUCUAACGACAUCUUAUGAUGAUGAAAGAGAAGUUUGUCAUAACGUAUUAAUUUCAGUAUCAUACGACUUUGUUUGGAAAGGAACAGAUAUAUUGAAUCUUACGGCAACAUACGUACUUGCUGAUGUGCCAGUAUCUCCAUCUGGUUUCAUUGCAUUAAAAAACAAUAUAUCAGAUUUGCAUGGCAAUGUGACGAAUAAUUUCAUCAUGCCCAGAUAUGAGGCUAUGGACCAAGUGAAACUCUUUGUGUCACAACGUUUUUUAGCUACGUUUAGACAUUACAAAUCUGUUCGUAUGUCGGAUGUCAAUAUAAGUGCUGCGGAACACAGUGGUACCUACUCUGGAAAUCACGGCUAUGAAAUUGGACACCCAGUACUAGCGGUACGCAAGCAUGGUAAAUUACACAGUUGGGAACAGGUUGUAGUUGCAGUCUGGGGAAAUGGUGCUGACUGCAAGGAGACGAAGCCCCUGGAGUUCGGAUAUGACAUCAUAACUGCUUGCCGUCUGGAAAUAGGAGCCGAAGACUUUGAGGAUUGUGAUGGCAUGAGGAGCCAAGUCCUUUGUCUUCAGGAAAGCCUCGUGUCAGGCGAUGUUAUAAUGCAGGGUGGAGUUCCCCAUUUAGCUCGAUUAAACAUCACAGCUCCCGAGGAAUUAGUUCCGAUCCUCAGGUCUCCUUUUACUAAUGAGAGUGUUCGUGAAGAUGACGUGAUUGUCGGAAAGUGUUCAUAUGUUCCUAGUACACUUGUCACUGACAUUCUGUACACUACAGUGCCAGAUCGAAGCCCAGAGGGACUCUCCAUUUAUCGAAUCGUUGGAGUCAGGGUUAGAUUCCAGACAGAAGACUGGACGUUUGAUGCCUCGGCGUUCCGUCAGAUGAUGACUUUGACUUCUGUAGUGACUUUUCUGCCGGUCCCAUUAGUUGAUGAGAAACCACAGUCCAGAUUUUGGCAGCUGAUGACGGCGCCUGACGAAUCAGAGACGGCUUGGCUCAAUAUCCUCCAGAUAUUGGACCAUUUUACAACUGGGGACGAAAUAGUGGAAAUGUCGGCAUGUGGAAUUGUGUUGGCAGCCUUGGCGCUGUCUCUCAGCUUUCUCCACAGAAAGGACCUGUAGAACUCAUGAAGAAGAAGAUGGCUGCCCACGCUGGGGCACCAGGAAGCUUAAGAACCACCUCGGGAUAGGUGAGGAAGACGAGUCCGGGCCCACUCUUCACCACGUCAGACACCUCGGCCCCCUGCUCCAGGGCGAUGUGGCCCAGGAUGGAGAAAGUGACACAGCCAGCCAGCAGGCAGGUCAGCGUGUUUACUACACAAGUGAUGAGGGCGUCUCUGUGUGCACACAACAAACUUAAUUAUAAGCCCACGUCCCUUGUCUUGAAUGCGUGGAGAAUGUGACAGUUCUAGGGCGAAUGAAUUUAACUUUUAACCUUUGCGAAAGGCGCUACCCGGAACAUGAAGAUGACUGUCUUCUGGUUUGUUGCGCCGUGUAGUCUGGUAGUUCAUCGACGUCAGAGCGAUGCCCUAUUGAUGGACGCAGCAAGUACCUCUGAAACGUCGGUAAACUUCUACCAGACUGCACUGCACAACCACCCUUUAUAAUCGUCUCCGUGAGAACCUGAAAUUUCACAAUUUAAGAAGUUUUCAGGAAUGACGCUAGACUACAAAAUGUUCUGUGCAGGAGCCCAAAGAGAGAUUUUUAGUCGGAGUCGUUGGUUUUACAGAGUUUCGAUACGAUAUGGUUUGGAAUAGUUUUAGUGGCGUACGUUCUGUGUAGUGGAUAUCCGAUUUCAAGGGACACGUGCGAUAAUAAUUUUUAAAAAUUAAAAUGGACAAUGUGAUGUAAUGGUAGACUACAAUGAUGGGUAUUGUAACAAGAAAGGGUGGAAAUUGGCAAGAAAUGUAGAAGAAGGGGAUAAGAUAGGACAGGGAUAAAUGAAGAAGGAAGAAAGAGGGUGAAGAAUUUAGGUGCAAGAUAAAUAAUUCCCCAUUGAAUUACAAAGGGAUUUUUACUGGUACAUAUUAUAAAACGUAGAAAUUGGCAACAUGAUGAAAUUAUACGUAAAGUGGUUAGUUAACGCAAGGAAGAGGCUCUGUUUCGCUGUUUUAUUAAGCCGAGUCUUACUUGUAGCAGUUGUGGUGGAACUUGUUGUAAGAACCCAGGGCGGGCAGCGCGCCAGUACCAAUGCUGUAGGCGAAAAAGAUCUGCGUGGCACCGUCUAUCCAGGGACCCGGCCCUAGGAGCUCCUCCCAGCGUGGUGUUACGUAGUACAGCAGACCCUGGUCAGCGCCGUUCAGCGUCACGGCGCGAACCAGUAACACGAGAAGCACCGCGUAGGGAAACAGCGCCGUGAACCAGAUGAUCUGCAGGUACAAGCUUGUAGUCGGUCAUCUCGUAAAGAAAUCGCCAGUUUUAUUGCCGUGUUUACAAGAGCCUGACCUGGUUCUUAUCCUUAGUCUGUUGAAUGUAGUCCACGGCCUAUUUCAUUAAUAUGCUUAUUAAUAAUAAUUAUUAAUUAAAUUAUUAAUAAAUAAUAGAAUUGAAUUGAA